AUGAACAUUGAUCAUGUUUCUCUUGAUAACAUACAUGCGAGCAUCCUCGUCGGCAACCUGUGUGGAACAGAAGGCGAGUCAGCCGGAGAGGCUAUAUUUUUUGGUGAGAUAAACCCACACGACGCUGUGGAGGAACCAAUUCUAAAAUUCAUGACAGGCGUCGCAUUUCGAAUGGCGCAUAUACUGCAUCUGCCGAAACCCGACGUAACGGAUGACAGUAUAACAAGGGAGAUAAAGAUUCGAACUUGGUGGUCCUUGUAUAUGAUUGAUCAAUGGUCCUCUGCCGGUUUAGACCUACCACGACAGAUGCAUAACCAACAGCAUAAUCUCCCAAUGCCAGAAAUUGACUUCUGGAAGCUAGUUCCCGGAGAAAGAAUGGAAAAUCGAUCCCAGCUUCGUCGAGGCUUGUGGGGAUACAUGGUUAUUCUCGCUCGAAUAUUCGGCCACAUUCAAAUUCUGCACCAGAAGCUGGCAGAAGAGGCUCUAGACCAACACGAGGCUGAGGCGACCACGACUGAGCUUGCACAAGAAUUUGACCACUUUCUUCGAGAGCUGCCAGCCAGUCUCCACUUCAACACCAGGAAUCUAACACAACAUACGGAGCUUGGUCUAGCGCAGGCAUUCGUGGCUCUUCACCUAGGUUAUCAUCAUUAUUCAACUCUUCUUUACUUUCCAUAUCUUGACAUGAAACUUGCCGAGACUCCCAGCCGAGCCAUCUUCGUUGCUCGUUGCAAGUAUCAUGCUACGUCUUUCAGUGACUUAUUAAAGAUUUCACACGAAACGCCAGACUGUGGAGCAGUCUACCUAAUUGUAGCGCAUAUGACUGUGGUUUCAUCGUCAGUCUUGCUUCAUACACUUCUGCUUGGCAGUCAAAAUGAACUUCUCGAUGCGCGAACACGACUCUAUUUCAACUUUGAGAUACUUCUCAAACUGAAAGGAUACUGGCAGGGAGUAGACCUUAUGGUGCGAUCAUAUCCCCCUUGGAGAAUAUUGGGGGGCAAAAGGCUAAUGUGGGAUUAG